UUCCGCGCUUGAUUCACACACAAACUAGUACACAAGUCUGCAAUAGUGAAGAAUGGACAGACAAGGAAGAAAUUACAAUACAAAUGUUAAGUUGCAAGAAUCAACCGGGGAAAAACUGAAAAGGUUCGAUAAUUUAAGAGGUACAGAUGUGAGAACAGGAGAAUUUUGGGAUCUUGUCGUUGUCACAGCGGCUGAUGAAACUCAGAAAGACGCAUACGAACUUCAGAUUUCGGAGAAACUUCGGAGGAAUGAGCUGCCAUUGGGCAUUCCUUAUCAUGUAUUUGCUGAUCCCCCCGGACCUAAAAUAGGUAACGGUGGAUCUACACUGUAUUCCUUGAAAUGUUUAGAAGAGAAAUAUGGACAGAAGUUACGUGGAUUCAAAGUCCUUAUGAUCCAUGCAGGUGGAUACAGUCAGCGGCUACCAAACGCCAGUGCUCUUGGGAAGAUUUUCACUGCUCUGCCUGUUGGCAACCCGGUAUACCAGAUGCUGGAACUCAAACUGGCCAUGUACAUCGACUUCCCGUUGCAUAUGCAGCCAGGUGUCCUCGUGACUUGCGCUGACGAUAUUGAGCUUUACAGUAUCAACGACACUGAGUGCAUUGUGUUCGACAAGCCCGGCUUCACCGCCGUCGCCCACCCUUCCCCCAUUUCUGUUGGUACCACUCAUGGAGUGUUUGUUUUGAAGCCAGAGGAAGAAUCCCAAGUCUGUGAAAUUGAGUACCGCUCCUGCAAAUGUUUUAUGCACAAACCAAGCAUCAGUGAUAUGUAUGAAAGAGGUGCCGUGUGUAAAGGUGCAGCCAUGCCAUUUUCUACUGGAAAUCCUGAAUUUGUCUACACUGACAGCACGUAUUAUUUUGAUUAUACCACAGGGACAAAACUGCUGAAUUUACUCAAAGACAUUGGGCCUCUCAGUUGUGAGAUUGAUGCCUAUGGGGACUUUCUGCAAGCAUUAGGCCCUGGGGCCACAUCAUCAUACACUAAAAAUACUGUAAAUGUAACAAAGGAAGAAAGCAGUCUUCUGGAAGUUCGACAAAAGAUAUUCAGCUCUCUCAAAGGAACACCUCUCAAUGUCAUUCUUCUCAAUAACUCGAAAUUCUAUCAUGUUGGAACCACUCAGGAAUACCUUUUUCAUUUCACAAAAGAUCAAGAUCUCAGGGCUGAACUUGGUUUCAUUUCAGAUGCUUUUAGCAUCUGUUCAUAUGAAACAUCAAGAAAAGCAGACGUUUGUGUUAUGCACAGCAUCCUUCACCCUAGUUGUACUGUAGGUCCAGGCACAGUUAUUGAAUAUUCAAGGAUUGGCAGCCAUGUGACUAUAGGUCAGAACUCGAUAAUUAGUGGUUGCUGGAUAAACAGUGGCCAGUGUGUACCCCCCAGUGUCUUCAUGCACUCACUUGCUGUGAAUGUGGAUGGCACCACUGGCUUUGUGACCAUAGUGCUUGGAGUAGAGGACAACCUUAAGCAAAGUGUAACAUCCCUCUCGGACGUGAAUGAACUGCAGCUCUUCGGAACCAGCCUGGUCAAAUGUCUGGACCGCUGGGGCCUGAGCCCCGAAAGCCUGAAGUUCACAGGUGACAGAUCCAGCCUCAGUUUGUGGAAUGCCAGAAUAUUCCUGUUGAGCUCUGACCAAAGAAGUUCAUUCACAAUUUCACUAGAGAUGAUGUGCUCUGUGCACAGCACCUCCAGUUUCAGAUGUACCAAAGAUCUCAGAUUUCUGUCACUGCAGGAGAUCCUGCUGUGUAAGAAUUUGGAGGAAAUGCUGAAAUUUCGCAAAGAACUGUCUGAUGACAUAUGUAAAAAACGAUCUGAGUGUAAUUGAAUGUGCCUGUCUUCACUUCAAAAUCAUGUAAAAUUGUUCAUGGGAAUUUUUCAGGUGAAUAAUACUGAAUCGGCUAUAUAUGAUCAAGUUUUGUUAUGAUUUUUAAUUGACUGGUUUCUGGAUAUUUGAGGUUGCUGCAUCAAGUGGACAGGUUCAAGAUAUUUUAUAGGAGUGGCUGAAAGGGCAUCAAAUAUGCUACAUAAAAAAACAUGGGAAUGAUAGAUAAGAACAAGAUAACCGACCACGAGUGGUGGUGUCAGGUGCGACAUGCACAGGACCUGGCAUUUCAACUUUGACAGACCACAUGUUUAAAUUCCAAAAAGCAUCUUUAAAACAAGAUUUGAUAUGUUGCUCAAUUACACUGCCAGACGACGUUGUUGGUUGUCUCUUGGCAGUCUUCUUUCUCCAAAAUACGCUACAGCUUGAUUAUAUUCUAUAAAAAUUAACAUUCAGCUCCUAACCAUAGCUUUGGUUCGAGUGGAACUCUGGUAUUUGGAGUGCGAAAAUAAAGUUUUGUAACCCUCAGUCACUAAAUCCACAAAACUGAAACAAUUAAGAAUAGACACUUUACAUGAGUAUUUUAGUAUUUCUUAUACUGUUCCUCAGCAGUGAGUGUCUGUUUUUUACAUUUUGUUAGAAUUUCUUUUAAUGAAUUUAGUUGUGGGUACUCACUGAAACUGAUGAAGUGAUCUGCCCUCAGCCAGUUGGACUGGCCAGUUAGGCAGACUAAUAAUUGAAAAGGGGCUCCCAAACAGUAUUGGGGUGAGUGUUAGCUCAAGAGUGGUGAAUUGCAGGUUUGUUAGAGAACAACUGCCGUGUUAAUUUCCAAAAGUGUAAAUAUACCUGUAUAUAUUUGGGGAAUGUCUUGGUAUGUUUGAUCUCUCUGUAUAUAUGUAAUUAUAUAUUUUACUAUUGUACAAA